ACUAAAGUCAUUCGUGCGCUCACUCCGAGUGUGUGGAUUUCUAUACGGCUCGUCUUUAUAGACUCUUCAAAUUUUAAACUUCAGGUAUGAAAAACUUGAUUAUUUUUUCUCAUGUAGAUCGGUAAUACCAUUACUUUGAAAAGUACUGUACAGACGACGUUAGUCUAACACUAAAGUCACUAAACACUGAAAACUCAGCUAGUUAAUUGCUCGAUGGCGUAGUCAUUUGUCUACGAUGUCUGACUUCUAUCGAUUUGAUUUUCUCUUCAACUUUGUGGUGACCUUUAAGUUGUGGUGAAACGACCUAUGUUGUAUUUGAAAUCAUAAUCAAUGUUCUCUGUUGCCUCUUUGUAGAUUUUGUGAUCAGUUGAAGCGGAACCAAGGCAGAUUGGAAGAUUUCAGCAGAUAUUUAGCGGUCGAUUCUCUGACUGGGUGCAGGUCGCCGUUAAGGUAAAUUUCUUAUAUAGAUAUAGGAAUUUGGACAGGUUUUACUGUCCUGUGUAUUUUCUUAAUUUUAACUCAAUAUCAUGAAUAUUGGAUACCAGUGUCAGCGGUUUAGUUAAACAUUUUUAAAAUAUAUAUAUAGACUCCUAUGGGAGUUGCGCCCUAUUUAUUUUUUCACGCAUGCCUGUGUUAGAAUUAUCAAUAUCUCUCAUCAAUAUUUAGUCAAAAAUUUGCAAUGAUGAACAUGUAUAUGACAACCUACGUAAACCCAUGCACAACUGAAUUAUCCUAAAUCGAAGGCUUGUCUAUACUUGUUGAAUCCCAAGCCAGUUGACAUGUUCAUAGAAGAGCUUUCAUUUCAAUUAACGACAACAGCGUCACACUACAUGCAGGGCUAAAAUAAGAUAUAUACAAUACGUAGUAUAUAUUUUGCAUUUUUUAAUAAUUGUUAUAAGAGUUUAUUGACUCUCUUGUUAUAUUGCAUCGACUUAAGAGCAACUACAGUGAGGGCAAGUGCUUUUUAAGUGGACUCGUCACACAGUCGUUUAAAACAACUUCCUUGAAACCAUUUAGAUAGUUGUGUACAUGCACUCGUAGUUAUGAUUGCUGUUUAAAAUGAAAAUAAAAGUAGUAGGAAUGGAGAAGUUGAAAAUUGCUGCAAAAUACUUUAAUUAAAAUACAACCUUUAUUUCAGAACUUGACAUUCAUUUGUUUGUAUAUUGACCUACUACGUAACGCAUUGAUAUUCGUCGAGUUAUAAAAAAACAACAACUAAAAUUUAACUGCCUUCAUAAGUGAAACACCGUGCCAAAAGGGGAAUCUUUCUUCGUGAUUUUAAAUUUAUUUCGUGUUUGGAAAACAAAAAUGAUGUCGGCAUUAUAAUAAGAAUUUCUUAAUAACUCAUCUUUAUGACCACUCAUUAGCAUCUCUAUUCACAGCAUGCAAUUCCCGAUCAUCUCAAUGAAAGAUUACGAAACCUGGAAAUAUUUGAAAUAAAACCGUACACUUUUCAACAUUAUGUCAAUGAUAUUGUAUUAUCUAAACUUCAGUCCAAGUUUUGACAAAUUUUAAGCAAUGAUGUACGGCUUUUAGCUUACUUUUAAUUUGAAAUGAGUACAAUUUUUUAGCACAAUGUAAACCUACCAUGCAUAGAUAAUUAAGCGUUGGCCAUUCAAACUGAAAUUUAAAUAAUUAUACACAAAUAUUUGUGAGGUCGGCAUGUUAUUCCUGGCCAAGAAAGACAGGCAUGCAUGUAUUACUAAAUUAAAUUCUUUACUGACGUAUCAUAUUUUAACAUGUUACGUAUGUUAGAACAUGGUCAUAGAUCCCGAUUGCAUUUCAAGCAGCGAUGAGUUGAAGUUGAAGUCCUGAUGAAGUACUGAGUUGAAGUCCUGAUGCAUGUACAUGAGUGAGCUCUUAGCGAGAUGGCUGUCAUGAUAUUUUAUUGCGCUAUUUCACGGCAACUGCUUCUGGUUAGGUCUAAUAAAUGUACAAAAAUUCCACUCGAAGUUUCCAUCUACAAAUACCUUCAACAAUUAGUUGUUCGAGUGAAAUGCUCAAAAUCCUGAUAUUUACGCAUACACCGUACAUUGGCAUCACCUAUAAUAGUAUUUUUGCAUGAACUUGUGGUUGGAGCUCGAUAACAGGCCUCUGUAGCUCAGGCUGCUCAGUUGGUUAGAGUGCUGCAGUGGAAUCGCAGGGCCUCAGAGAGCCGAUAGUUGCAUUUUUUCGCAACUGGUUUGGUCAAAUAAAUGUAUAAAAAAUUCCACUCGAAAUUACCAUCUAUACAAAUCCCUUCAACUUGCCACUAUUAUCUAUGGUCACUACAAGCCCUGUCGUGCAGCAGAUGGUAGUCAACCAGACGAAAAUGGCGUAAACUCUUCUAAUUAUAUACUGUAUCGUUAUCUUAUGUUUGGUGGCCAAUAAAUUGAUUUGAGAGAUGUAAUUUUGUUGCUCCUUUAAGUGUUAAAUUAACAGUUAAGGUUGACCACCAUAUGUUGACCCACAGAGCUUGCUGAAGCCACCGAUAUAACUGCAAGACACUAUAAAGCUCAGUAUGUAACUAGAAUUGACCUGUCAAUUUAAAGCACGUCUUAGUAGAUUAGGCAUGAAGUAAACAUGCCAUGAACUCAAUCAAACACAGUGAGUCAUUCACUCAGAGCAUCUUAUUUGGCAAAACCUCAUUUCGUCUUUCGCCCACUAAAACGCCCUAAAAUCGGGUCAUUGAUAGCUGAGAGAUUGAAAUGUACCAAGUCAAGUGCAGAUUGUGUGUAUGUAAAUAGAGAGUUUGUGUUUAGAGGUUGCUUUAGCUUCAUCAGUGAAAAGAUUUGUAUACGUUAACCACUGGAAAAUCUCGGCCACCUUACAUAUCGAAACUAUAAAUUCUAGGAAUAUAAAUUUCACAAAAUCAAGCAAGAUCGAAUCGCGGUUUUGUGCCAUAUAAACAAAGUCGCACGCGAUCAUUAAUGCAGGAAUAUCAACAAAGAAAUUUCUAAAUUGACCUGAAGAGAACGCGACUUUCUCACGCAAUGCGAAUUGCUGCUGCCAAUAAAUCUUAUUUUCCGAAAACCGAACAAUUGGUUUCAUUAUUUUGUCCGGUGACAUGUGUUUCAUCCUGUGACAAAAUCAUUCAUUAUACUAAAAAAUCAAGAUCCUGUGAAUGCCAAAAAUAUCAUCGUAUAGAGACGACGACAUUGGCAUACUCCCACAUAAACGAAAAUCAAAAAAAUUUGAAAUGUUUUUUUUUACCAAAUCGAGCCAUCUCAAAUAUGUUUGAACACGUUAAUGCUAGAUUUUACUCUCUUAGUGCCAAAUAUCAUUGAUCCGAUCAUGAAAAUGAAAUUUCUUUAUUUUGAAAUGGUAAGAAACCUAGUAUGAUAGUCUUUAUUCAAAUAAAUAACUUCUGAUUCUCUGUUUUCGGAAAGUGUGUGUGUGUGUGUGUGUGUGUGUGUGUAUGUGUGUGUGUGUGUGUGUGGGGGGGGGGGUGGCCCCCUGUUCCGCGGGCGCUUGCUCAAGUCGGGCGACAGUUGCUGCCUAUCCAACACUCUCUAUUUGCCUAUCCCCAUGGCUUCGUUUCCGACAUUUUAAAAGAUGUUUCCUUUAAACCUGCAAACACGGCCAUAUUGUGUUGGUCGUGUUUACACAUUUCGUAUUCGUAUUUUCACAGCAUGAAAUCAUAACGCUGCUGAAUAUGAUUCUUUUCAUAUUCAACGUUAUGACGUCACUCCGUUGAAUAUUUUGUCUAAAACUGCAUAUUUGGUGAGCUAUUAAGUUGAUAUGACGAUUUCACAGUUUACUGUUAUUGCUAGCCAAUCAAGAACCAAGAAUCUUUUAAAUAAAUAAUAAUUAAAUAUUAUUAACUAAACUCAGAUCAGGCGUGUUUCAUUUAGAAUCUGUAUGUAUCUGGCUGGCUUCCUAGCGCAAAAUUUCACUUCCAGACGUUUUAUAAACCCUGGUUAAAUCUUUAAGGAACUUAGUGGUUUAUUUCCCGAGUUGUUCAUAGUUAUGGGCAUAACAACCUCAGGGUGAAAAACGACCUGGUACACCAUACACACACAAGAGUCACUGAUAAGAGUUAAUAUAUGCAGUUGAUUGUAAUUCGGUAUGAUAGUCUUAAUCGUAACUAACUUAUUAAGCAAGAUUUAUGAAGGAUGAUUGUUUCUAGUUGUAAUCAAUGAUAAUCAUCCUUCCUUCAUAAAACAAAAGAAACCCAGAGACUAUACAAUUUUGAAAAAUGGCCUUUGAGCAUUCUAAUUGGCUCCCUCAGCAGUAACUCUGAAGGCUAUUUUCCACUAGUGAACUUUUUCGCGCGAAGCGACCUUUUUCCUUUGUCGGCAUCCAUUUUGCCACGUCUUGUUGACGUAAUAAUUGAUACCGACAAAGGAAAAAGGUCGCUUCGCGCGAAGAAAUUCGCUAGUGGAAAACCAGCUUGAGGCAGUAGUUACUGCUCAGACUGUUCUGAGCGGAACUAUUGCUUUUCAAAGAAAAAAAUGGCUGGAAAUCAGACGGAAGUAAAUUAUUUGUGCAAAGUAUAUUCAUAAAAUAAACACGUGUAUUAAUUAGUUGUAUUUAUAAAUAAACCUUUUUCAAUACUGAAAUUAUACUAAAACAAUUAGUUGCCUCAAGCUCAGUGAUUACAAGCCUAUAUUCACUUCGCCUUCAGCUCGGUGAAUAUAGGCUUGUAAUCACCUCGCCUUCGGCGACUAAUUGUUAAAGAGUAUUUACCACAUUUAUUUUGUCUCAUAGAUCAAACAAUGAUUCCCAACCUGAUAAUAUGGAUUUUCCUCGUCUCCCUUCCAUUUAUUCCUGCUCCUGUUUUUACUGCCACGUUCACGACGAUAAGGGUCCCUCUUUCCAUUGCUCCCAUAGUGGGUAUUCCUCGACCAGAUUUUAAAGAUGCAGAAGUCGCCCGACCAGAAAACGUAGAACUCUAUGCCAAAGCUACAAUUUAUGAUGAUUUGACCUUAUCAACGAUUUAUGAUUUGACAAGAAUCCUCAGUUCAUCAAUGUCUAGUGUAAUAAGCAAUGUUUUCGUGCUGGAAGAACGAGGUUUACUGAUUAUUGAUGAUUUGUCUGCUUACAACUGUACUACAUGGUGUCUGGAUCUACAGAUAAGCGAAAUCACGCGAGUCACUGGAAAAACCAUGGAGAAUCUGAAAGGAAAUCCUGAUACUAUCACAGUGCUGGAGUUGCAUAAUUUAAUUGUUCAAACGCUGGAAGAUAUUUACUGCUUUGAUAUGGCUGUAAUCGAGCAAAGACUCAAUAUGUCCUCCAACGUUCUCUUGGAACACCAAUGGGCAUUGUUUGUACCAGAAAUUGUUAAGGAAGCAGUUCAGUGUAGGGCUAAUACUCUUGGUGUUACUGUAUCAGAAUUGGCUGAGCUUCUUCGUACGAACCUCGCUACGUUAUAUGGCUAUACACUUGAUGAUUUGACCAACACUUUCUUCCCGAACUUUUUAUUACUUCAAGCUCGUAAGAACCUGUUUGAAACAAGGUCUCUUGAUGCUGCUUAUGUCAUCGCAGGAUUAACUCAAGCCCAAGGCGCAGCUGAAACAAUGUUAUCUUUUGCUGGUGGUUCUUCGAUUAAUUUCAAUCUUCGUGAUCUGGAAAUUCUGUAUGAUUGGCAGAAACCUCAACUGUAUGCUAUUGAAAAUAUACCGUUGUCAAGCUACUUGUCUCAGUGCUCUGUCAUUACAUCAAACUCGUUGCUUGCUGUAUCUACAGUGUUGUUUGGGCAAGGAGCAACAGAGCCGACCUGCAACGUUGCUUACGUUCUAUCAAGAUCUCUGAACGAAGUUGAGGCUAAGUUUAAUGCUCUGACCGCAGUUGAAAUUCGAAAUUCCCUAUACAUCUUCAUGACAACUACUAACAUCUCAAGUUGGUUCGUUAUGGAUGAUAUUCUUCAGUUGGAUAUAGACGAAGGAAUCUGGGUAGAAAUACCAUCAGUAAGUCAUGUUGCAACUGCAGCAAGUCAAACUACAACAUUCAUCAGAACCUGCUCCUUGCCUCAAGUAAUUGCAUCAUUAAAGAACUCAAAUGUAACAGGAACACUUGGACCUUUCCUGGCAAUCAAUAAUCCUACGUUCCGAAAUCUGUUGCUUACGACGUAUGGGUAUAGUUACAAUGAAUUAAUCAGUCUAACACAAACACCUUUAUCACAACUAUCUAACUUACCUGUGGUUGAACUUCAUGCUAUAAUUCUGGAAGCAUUAGUCGACAGAUAUUCUAUAUCUAACCUGCCUCCAUUACUUGGUGUACCUGGCGUAGUGGACAUGCAUAUUCUUUCAACUCUUCCGUCUUUUGAAUGGUCACGGAUUGUUAUUGCUGUUAUUCAAGCUUCUUUUGCUCAUGCAGCAGAUGCUCUGUCUGUGAACCUGGCCGCUGGUAGUCAUAUUGCAGUGGUUGACCAGGCCGACGGGAAUCCGUCAAUUCAGGUCAAUCCUUCGCCUAUCUAUUUCUCGCCAAGAGUAUCCACAAACGCACUGGCGACGUGUCUGCUUGGACGAAACGAAGCAGAUAUUUAUGCGAUGUCAUUACCAGAGUAUCAUACACUGUUUAGCGUAAACAUUAUACCUAUCGUCCGGGGGAAGAUAACCAUCGAAACCACACCUUUGGAAAAUCUGUUGGCAACAAAUAACCUAGUUCUCCGGCAAGUCUGGAAUAGAACUGUGGCAGAUGUCGUUGCACAAUACACAGGUUUAACAGUGCCGCAAUUGGGAUGUCUCUAUGGCUGGGAUCAAGUCUUCCUUAACUUCAUUAAUACAACAACAUGGGGCGAUGUCAGUGCGUUCCGACUUUGUAGCGAGUAUGAGAAAUUGACACUUCAUCGAAUCUUGGUUCAACUUUCAACAGCACCAACAGUGAAUUGCUGUAAGUAAUCAGUAUCAUUUUAUUUUACAGUAUUAUUUACGUUGUAGAAUUGAACUGGGAAAAAUUCUUGAAUACUGAAUAUGUUUGGAAGUUAACAAUGUACGUACGUGAACGUUCAAUAUCGCCACCCUCUUUUCGCUUAUUUCCGAUUAUCUUGUUUUUGGGGUAAUGUUCAUUUAUAUGCACGAGCGAUACUCACCAUAUUUACAUAACUAAAAUAUAUAUAUAUUAUAACAAUAUAAUAAUAAUAUCUUGAUUUUUUUUCAGUUGGAACUAUCUCUUUAUCGUCAAGUACUUACGAUGUCAGGGAAUCGGACGGGAUCGUUGUUAUUUUUGUUCAGUUGCUUGGUCAGGUUGACGAUGUCAUUCAAGUUAGGUAAGCAAGGCGAUGUUUAAAGAUGAAGUGAUACUACUAGUGUCUACAAUUUCUGUUGUUUGCCUUAAAAAUAAUUAUUCAGCUCAAAACAAAACAUUUCAUUUCUCAUGUCAUUUCUAAAGAAUAUGAGGCUUUUCUUAAUGUGAACAAAAAUAGCAAAACAAAUAUUAUAUAAAUCCCAAUCCAGUAAUCACAAUAAAUAUUAAUUAAAGUUCUUAAUUAUUAAUCUGAAUAAAUAAAUAAAUAAAAUCAAUUAAUUUUUAGUUUAUCGGUUACUCCCGUAUCUGCCACUGGUGGUACGGACUUUCAACAAAUACCGGAUACCAAUGUAACAUUCCAAGCUGGAGAAACUGGGCAGAAACCAGUAAUUAUCAACAUUCUUGACGAUCAAAUAGUGGAAAAUAAUGAACAAUUUCUUGUAUUUAUUACAAGUUCAGAUUCUGAUACGAGAGUUGUAAUACCCACAGCAACAGUUACUAUUCUGGAUGACGAUUGUAAGUGGUUUUAAAAUUUAUUUUAUCCAAUAGGUGGGUUUCAUUUUAUGGUUUAAAAAAAUACUGAAUUUUUCGAUUAUGUGCAUGUGUCGUCGAACAGACAAGUUGACCAAACGUUCUGUAUCAAAUGUACAGAGUUGACUAAUUGUUCUGUAUUUUCCCAACUAGUGUAAGCUACCUAUACCCAUUGUUAAGAUUGAUCAUUUUAAUUUCGUUUGACGUUUCUCCAUUGGGAUCUGUCCAGAUACGUUUCCACACAGCUAAUACUGUUAGCUAGAGAUAAUAGUCCUCUUAACCCCAAUAUACGUCAUCAAUAAUAAUAUUAAUAGAUUUAGUAGCAUCGACUUGAACUAAAGGAUAAUAUACUAUUCCACGAUGGGUUUUCAUUUUCAAUAAUACAUACAGAAUACAUCUCAGUAGAUGAAAGUGAGUCUACUUAUGUACUUGGAGGGAUUAGUAUAGUGGAUAGCAUGUGGUGAGGUAGUAAAUGUUUGUUGUAUUUACUACCUGGGCACAGCAGGAACCAAGCUAUUAUAUUACAAGUUCUAAGAAAACAAUGCUGACUAUGGUAAUUUUUUAAAAUUGCUGAUAAAUUUUUUUCGUUGAUGUACGGAGAACAGCUUUUGUGAUAACCAUGCAGAAUAAACGAUGACAAUUGAGUAUACAUACGCAAAAACGCACAACUUGUAACAAACGUGCAGUAGGCUUGUACCAACUGGUUAUCGGGAGGAUGUAUUCGCACUGCUUGUUUCCAGCUCGUUGACAAGUCAACAAUUUGUUAACAACUUGAUAACAACAUUGUUAGAACGUGUUGAUAAGCAACACAUCUUGUUGACAAGGUGAAAUUUUCACGUGUGUGGUUGACAGCUUUCUGUUUACGAUCGGAUGAAAAUACGUUUUAUCGUUUUGUAGUCGUUUCCCUCUCCUGGCAAGUUGCAGACAACUCGGUGGCAGAGAACGUUGGUCUCGUUACGGCUAACCUUGUUUUAAAUGGCGACAUUGGAAAAAAUAUAGCUGUAAGGUAAGACAUGCGAAAUUUUGAGAGCACCUGAAAAUAUUUUUUAUCCCAGUUCAAAGAAUUGUAAGUAAAGUAUACAAAAAAUUGGUUAAAUUAUUAUUAUGAAGAAUUUAAAGUUAAAUCUAGUUGAACAAGAAAACAGUAUGAGUAAACUACGCUUCAAAUCUUUAAGAGCACAUAUAAACACAUUAAAAAACAAGGUCAUUGGUUGAGAGAAUGAGAUAGAUUAAAGUAUACACAUAGGUAUUUUUCAUACAAUACAAUAAUAUUAGGGCCAUUUAUACGAGACAAAAUAAGUCGCGACUUACAUAAGACGCGAGUUUGUCGUAUAAAAGGUACAAAAUUCUUAUGCAAGACGCGUCUUGGAUAAGACGCGACUUAAGUAAGAACAGGAUUUUUAGCUGUUCUUAUUUAAGUCGCGUCUUAAAUAAGACAUUUUGGAUAAAAAGUCCAACCACACAUGCCCGAAACUUGAAACAACGUAAAACUAGAAAUACAUGCAUGCAGUAACCCCUCGCUAAUAUUCUCCAAACAUUAAAUCAACAUGAAGUAUUCAGAAAUGGCCGACACUGAACCAUAGAUUAUAGAUCAUACCAGAUGUCUCACUGUGUAUCUAUCCCUAUGAUUUUCGUGUCCGCGAUUUUCGCGAGGCUAUCACGCCAGAUGACGCGUGCGACACUUACUGCCAAAAUGGCGCUUACUGCCAAUUGCUCACGUUUCAUGGCGUGGAUUACACUUACUGCCAAAAUGGCGGCCAAUGCGUGCUCAUAAAAAAUCGCGGACAAUCGCGGACACAAUUUUGGCUGAGUGAGACAUCUAGUAUGAUCUAUAAUCUAUGACUGAACGCAGGCUCGCGCUUGAGUGUUGCCAUGACAACACGAUAUCUUAAAUUUUUAAUUUUUUCAUAUUUUUGUACAAAACUGCAAAAUAGUUGAAAGAUUCGUACUUUUAACUAUACAACAAUAAAUUUCCGUAAUAUACACUGUAGGUAUAUUAUUUUGCAUUUUGUGAGCUUUGAUUUAAUGUAAAAUUUAACUUGAAACGCUUCGUGAAAUUUUUGAAAUGUUCAUUCAACUAAACUACAUUUGCCGAUAAACUGUUUUACACACAAAACACAUUGUUAGGUAAUUUUAGUUCAGUCUUCAAAUCAAUUUGUUCAAAUUAAACGGUAAUUUAUGAAAGUUAGAGCUUCGUUGAAAAGGAAAACAGUUCAUGUUUUUAGGCAUAUAUAUAAAGUUAAAGCAACAAAAUUCAAAGCAAACUUGCCGUAUAUUUCCCGAUUUCCCAUAGUAAAUCAAUUCUUCUCAUUUCUUGAAACAAAAUUGCUUCAAGCUUGUUGUAUAUGAAACGAUUUUCCAAAUAUAUGUCUUUUAAAAUUGAACUCUUGCUUAUCCCACUUUCACAAGCAAUCAGCCAUAUUUUUGAGAUCAGUGAGGAUGACCACCCACUCGUUGGUCACGCCCGCGAUAUUUGAUGAACUUUAGUUCGUUGGUCACGCCCGCGAUAUUUGAUGAACUUUAGACUUCGCUAAUGCUUUCGUUUCCCCGGGUGUAAAUAGCCGGGGGGGAAUUAGUACCCUCGCACGGCGCUUAGCGCCGUCGGCUCGGGGAUUAUUAGCCUUGCAUAUUAAAACAAAAACAACAUUGCUAUAGCAAGUAAAUAAGACUAGAGACGUAGAGAACCAUUUAUACGAUAACUCCGCUUAUAUAAGACGCGUCUUAUGUAAGUCGCGACUUAUUUUGUUCCGUAUAAAUGGCCCUAUUGUGUUCUUAUUAUAUUUGCUUAAUAUUUCUUCUUUAGCAUUGGUGUCAAUGAUCUUACUACGAGUGCAGCUGAUUACUCAUUACUAACAACAGUAGUUACGUUCACUCCUAGUGAUGUUAGUAACACCAAGGCAGUCCAACUCUUCAUUAACAAUGACCUAAUUGUUGAAGGACCAGAAUCUCUACAACUCACACCAAGUACAAAUGAUGCCUCAGUUAAUACAACUAGUACAGUGAUUUUAAUUCUGGAUAAUGAUAGUAAGUGUUUUCAUGUAACAUAUGAUACGAGGGCCGCUAGUUUAUCAGUUCCACUGUCAUGCAUGACCCUUGUGUAAAGGUAUCAAUUAAAGUUAGACGACUAAAGGGAGAGAUCUGAUUGGCUUCUCAGAGAACUGCUAUUUCGCAGAAGUUGAGUAAUUUUCGCUAGGAAAAAUUUUUCUAUCAAAAUAUGCCAACACAAGUACUUCGUUUCUUCGUAAUACUUGUCUGUGAAAAUUAUUACGGGUGCUAAGUUUUCUUGCACUUUCGGUUCCGUGUAUCCCUAUGAAGGUCGCGCGAGACCCUGGGAACGAGGAUGCGUACAAUCCAGUGAGUUCUAUAUAUAUCUGGAGCAAGAACUUCAGUCAUCCAGCCUAGGAGAAAGUGAAGCCAAGAUGGCGGCCAUUGACGUCCAGUAGCGAUGAAGGUCGUAAACAGUGUUAAUACCAUAUCAAACAGUUUUAAUAGGGUAUCGCUAAACAAUUAUUUAGGGUAAAUGUUAUUCUUUAGGUCGAUGUCAAAAUACGAAAUUUCGGCACACUCCUUGCCAGCUUUGUAUUUACCGCGCAGACAAAAACAAUAGAAAGGGACUAGAACUGUCCAAUUCAUUGAAAUAAACAGGAAGGCUAACUCCUAUGAAGAAUGCCUAUGCCUACGAUUUGUCGAGCCGACGCGCGGGAAAAUAAGCUUUCAAAAGGACUAAUGAGAGUUUCUAGGAGUGAAAAAAUUCGGUCAAAAGUUUGUUUUUGAGCAAAAAUUUGCAAGAAAAACACUUUUUCCAUGGGAAUACUACAAUGAUUGGGAUUCAAACCUGGUUUUCCGAUUAGUUCUGACUGUUUUACAUCUCUCUGCAGCAAAAAGUGAGGAGUUUUGCUUUUGUAUUUUGAAAUGAAUAAUCAGUUGACGGGUUUCAAGUGUUGUUAUUUUCGUCAUUUAUUUGAAUAUGGCAAUGUUUUUUGUCAAUUUUUAAAUGCAUUUUUUUCGACCAUAAAACGUUCAAUCUUGUUGAAACUUCGCAUGCAGAUGUAUUUUACAUGGGUUUAAAUAGUUCCUGAUGUUUCACGUCUUAGUUUUAUCUUAAAUUUUCAAAAACUCAGAAAAAGCCCCUCCGACCGUUCAUACUUAUUUUUCGUGUUUUUUUUUGCAAAUUUGUGAUUUGUUUAGUUGCGAGAAUUAAAUUCGUUUAUCAUACUACUAAUAUAAAUUAAAUUCGGUGGUAAAACUAGUAAUUUUUUUUUUUUUGGGGGGGGGGGGGGGGAAAUUGAAAAAAGAACUGGUUCAGUUCUUUUUUCAAUUGUUUCAAAAAAAGAACUGGUUCUUUUUUCACUGGAUAAAAGGGGCUUCGGUGGCGAAGUGGUUAGUGCACUUGUCUUUUACCUCUAAGGUCGCAGGUUCGAAUCUGAAUGAGGACUUCUCAAUGUGACUCGAACUCAGUCCUCAUGUGAAAAGAGUAAAAGUCAACGCUCUGCCGAAAGUCGUGGGUUUUCUACGGGUACUCUGUGUUUCCACCCACAGGGAAAGUUGACAGGGUGGGUUAGGCACAUAAGGUCUGGAGGCAGAUCAUUAAUGAGGUAUGGACUAAUAGUGGCUGCUCAAGCGCCAUUUGUAAGCUCAAAGUCUACCUCGGUCUGCUUCACGUCAGUCCGGUUCUAUCUAUCUAUUCAUAAUGUAACCAGUCACUGAAAAUUCCUGAUAGGGAGUGUGCUGUGAAAUAUCUGUAUUUAAAAUAUUUUGUAUUUGUAUCUGUUCUACCUACAAAGAAAGCUUCAAGCACGGCUUCAACUCCCCCCUGACUGAGCCUUCCAGUGAUAUUUAGUCCAACCUUUUUAGUCCAACCUGAACAGGGAUAGUAACCAGUGAAAACGAAACUCUCUUUAACUAUAGUUGUAAGUAUAAUCAUUAUAAAUCGAUUUACAGUUAAAUGUUUGAAAAAUUAUUUUCACAUCGCUUAGAUUUUUCACGUUGUUUAUAAAAUAGUAUCGAAAAAUGGCGGAUUUAGACCUUCGUGAAAGGUUAAUUGCUCAUCAAUUUCCGCCAUCUUGGCUCGGCUCGACUUCUCGUUCCAGAUAUAUAUGGAGCUCACUGGUACACUGGUACAAUCCUACAACCGUCAUUAUAAAAGUUGAUUGAUUGACAAAGGAAUAAGAUUAAUAUUGAUACAUUUUCGUUUUACUGAAGAUUUGAGGAGUAUGGGUGGCAGCGGAGCGCUUGAAUGGUAUAGAUUGUGCUAGCGCGCUGACCCUUACUGCUAAGUUGAGUCAGCUACUGUAUUAAGUCGAAGCAUUGAGUCGAAGGUAUGGUAUCUUUAUUUCGUACCGCUUCCUGGUACUUGAAAACUCAUGUAAGAAGUGUUUGGUUGAUUCUCUGGAAGAUUUCGAGGGUUUUUCUGCGUGUCCGGUUUUCUUUGUCACCAAAACUCUUAUAUUAUAGGCCUUUUAUUCAUCUAGUUAAUCAGUACACGAAAUAGCUUAUUUUUAGAACCACUGAGUAUUUUAAUAAAAUACAAAACAAGUGAAACUCAAAAAAAUCGAUAACAUUUUUAUUUAUCUACGUUUCGACUAUAUUUCAGUCAUCAUCAGGAUAAACUAGCUAGGUUAUAUAUCAAAAGCGGUAUUUAUAUGAAGAAAUAUGAUACAAUAGUUAGGUUGAUUAUUAACGAAUUAAUGAAAUAUGAUUAGUUCUUUAGAAGCUUUAAGUCCAUGAUUAAGUUCAGGUUUAUAUCUUUGAAUAGCGAGGGAUUCUUGAUAUAGUAAAAGGGACCAAUGGUUAGAUUUAUCAAUUAUUUUAGUGUUGUUGAAAACAUGUUCAGCCAUUAUACUGGUUUGAUCAGACUUUGCGUCAUCGUCGGGAUAAAGUUCUAAAAGGACUUUAAUAUGUUGAAACUGUUCGCAAGUAGAGAGGUGUUGAUGGAUUACAGAUUCUGUGUGAUAUGAAUGUUCCUUAGUUCUGGUGUAUAAGCAGCGAUCAGUUUUGCCGAUGUACCUACUAUUACACCUGAACUUAAUCAUGGACUUAAAGCUUCUAAAGAACUAAUCAUAUUUCAUUAAUUCGUUAAUAAUCAACCUAACUAUUGUAUCAUAUCUCUUCAUAUAAAUACCGCUUUUGAUAUAUAACCUAGCUAGUUUAUCCUGAUGAUGACUGAAAUACAGUCGAAACGUAGAUAAAUAAAAAUGUUAUUGAUUUUUGGAGUUUCACUUGUUUUGUAUUUUAAAUAGCUUAUAUCUUCCAGGUUUGCUGAAAUUUUAUUUUUAUUUCAGAAAUAACAGUGUCGUUUGUUGAAGCCGCGUACUCAUUUAGUGAAGGAAUACUUAAUCAUCAGAUAGAAGUCAUUGCAGUUGCUCAGCAGUUGACCACUAGUGUUCAAGUCAAGUAUGCAUCAAUAUAAUCUGUGAAACAGAAGAAAGACUAAUUUUUUAAUACAAAUCCAUUUUUGCAUUGAAAGUCAUCCCGAUCGGAUAUUUCCCAUCACUAAACAUAGUUACAAAGUUUCAAAUGAAAGAAGUAGAAUGAAACAAGCAAUUCAAUACAAAAAUGGAUUUCUAUUCUGUUCAUGCUACAGUCUAUGACAUUGAAAGUUGGGCCACUUAUAGAUCGGGAGGUUAAUUUAAUUAUAAAUAAUUGCGCAAAUUAACAUUAUAAAACUCUCCUUGUGUAAAUCACAAUGGAACCCAAAACCACUGCAGAGAGUCUCACAACUAUAACCAGGGGGACGGGUUAUGUUAUCGUUUCAGCGUAAUCGGUCAGGUUAUAAUGCCUAAUCGGUUAUAAAUACUGUCGAUGGCCAGGGAGUUUUUCUUCAUUGAAAGUGCUUAUAAUAAUAAGUAAACUUUAGUUUAUUAUCGUAAUUUUUAUCUAACUUACCUAUUCUUACCUGUAAUUAAAUAUAGAAUAGAUUGAAUACCUAUGUUCUUAUACCUUGUAAUUCCAAAGUAAUUCAGUUGUUACUGCUAGUUUGGAAAUUUAUAAUAAUAAUAAUAAUAAUAGUAAUAAUCUCGAUGUGUAUAUACAAUGCUAACUAUUUUGCUUCUUAUUUCCCGUAGUUUGGCUAACUUAAAUGACGGGGCGUUCUCUGGACAGGACUAUGUUAAUACGAAUUCACUUUUGACAUUCACGCCAUUUUCUGGAAGCCAGACUCGUAGUUUCACAGUACAGAUCCUCUCCGAUUCCCUAGUUGAAUAUGAUGAAACUUUCGAAGUGCAACUUAGUGUACCAUUAUCUACCACUCCUGCGCAACUUGGUAAUCCAUCUAAAACUGUUGUGACAAUUCUGGAUGAUGACAGUAAGUCGAGUUAAUAUUCAGUAUCUUUUCGGGGUGAAGAAAAAGAGUUUAAUUAUUUUCUCAUAAAUUAACUCUGAAAUUCCCAACAGCGGUAUAAUACAGGCAUACAUACACAUACAUACAAACAAACUUUAUUUGCUAGAGUGGAACCCCUAUUAACCAAUGUGUCCGCUUAAAUUGGGUGUUAGCUUAAAAGGGGUUUGCAACAGCGAACACAGUAGGAGGUAACGCCCAACUAAUUCAUCACUUGGUAUCGCGCUAUGGACAAUUUGUCUAAAAUAUCAUAGAGAUAUAUCUUGAAUAUUUCUUGAAUGAAUGAAUGAAUGAAUGAAUGAAUGAAUGAAUGAAACUGUUGCAUGUAAAUGCAGUAAUUAAUAGCGAUGUAAUUUGAUUAAGUAAUUCCAAUCCGAAAAGAGGACUAAAUCGACAUUGAGAAUUUAGUUACAGAACGAGGCAACGCUGAAUAUUGAUGUGUUGAUGAAAUCUGAGGUCAUACGAAAUGAAAUCUUCACUCCCAACUUUGUUCAACGUUCACGCAUUACGUUAGAGAGGUCGUGGCGGGGGAGGGCUGCCAAAAUUGUGUCAGAAUUCCGGUUGACCAACUGACUUAUGAAACCAUCCCCCAGCAGCAAAAUAUUGGAUUCGCUUGGUACAACAUCGAAUUUAAUCGAUUCAGGAACCACGUAUCACUUGCAAUUGCGAUUAUAUGCAUGACAAAAAAGGGGGAAAUGUUAUGAGAGGUCAUUAUUCCUGAGCGGCAUAUGUUCAUGUCCAGUAUCGUGUAACUGGGGUAUAAUUACUGGUCCCAAACCUCUUCAUUCAACGAUCAUUUAAGCAAAACAUUGAUAUAGCUACUUCCGUGUAAGUUGUAAUUUCUGCUAUUGAAGAUGUUCAUAUAUUUCCCAGUAGUAUAUAUUUCGUACCUUUGUGAAUAACUGCUCACUCAGUCAAUGUAUAUUCUAACUAGAUUUCAUAUUAUCUUCUAGAGGCAGUAAUUAACUUCCAGAGUCCAUCGUACGUCGUGUUGGAGACAGCUAAUCGUGUUGAUGUCUCCAUCACUGUAUCAGGUGAUCUUCGAAGACCAGUUGAAGUCGGGUAAGACCUAAAGCCAUGUUUGCCCUAAAAAUUCACCCGAGACUAACCUUUACCUGAGAAAUACCCAACUAAGAUGGUGUUUACACUAAAUACCAAACUGAAAUCUCGAUACCUGAGAAAUACCCAACUAAGAUGAUGUUUACACUAGAUACCAAACUGAAAUCUACCCACAUCACAAUAAAAAGUUUCCGAGUUUUGCAACCCGCGUUGUAAUUGGACAACUUUACGUUUCACAUGUCAAAAUAGUGAUGACAUUUGCAACGGUUAUUUUCUAUUCAAUAUGAUUUAUAUAUCGCUAUAAAUUCCUCUGGCACUUUUACCGUUUAGUAUUUUUGUUUCAUUGUAUGAUUAAAAUGACAAUACUGUUCAAAAAUACCUUUAAUUUGUCAAACGAUGGGAAAACUAUUAGUCCUUGUAACUUUAUUUUGGUUUCCUAUUGUAUUGACUCAACAAGAAAGAAAAAUGACCGUUGCAAAACUCAACGUUAUUCACCCCCCCCCCCAUGUCAUUGCUAUAAUUUUGACAUAUGAAACGUAAAGUUGUCCAAUCACAACGUUGGACCGUGGUUGAAAAACUCGGCGACGUGGCAUAAUAUGAAAAUGGUAAUAUGUGUCUUGGAAAUUGGUCUUGGAACAAUCUAGAUGUCCAUUUCCAGGCCACCACAAGUAGAAUAUUUUUGCACUUUGGGACCUUUGGGUAAUGAGUGUAUGAAGUGCAGCAGUUUUCUAUUUCAGCACACGUUCCUUCCAACUUGGAACGGGGUUUUUAUGCUUGAAAAUAAUCUAACAUUUUAACAUUGUUUCACAAUUUCCACAGGUAUGCAACUCUGACAGGCACAGCUUCUACCGCUGACUACACUGCCGCUGCUGGAACCAUUACCUUCAACCCGGGCGGAUCAGCAAUUCAGACUCUUCAAAUUACGAUCACGAAUGAUAACUUCGUUGAAGCUUCAGAACAGUUUAGAGUCAGCCUGCAACUACGAGAUGCAGCAAACACUGAAAUUGGAAACACUGGAGAAACAAUAGUUACCAUUACUGAUAAUGAUAGUUAGUAUUGAUUUAUUUCAAUUAUUGAUGACAAGAGUUAGUGUUGACUUUUACCGUUAUUGAUUAUGAUAGUUACUGUAUUGCUGAUUUAUAACCAUUACUGAUUAGUACUAAUUUAUUACCAAUCUAGAUGCCACGAUUUGAGAGUAAUCUGUAGCAGUCUUCCCAAUUACUCGAAGGCAAUAAACCUUGUGCAUAAUGACGUCACAAGGCUUGAUGCCCGCGAGGAAUGCCGGUCUUAGUAGUCAUCGCCCGGGAAAAUUAAACAAUUUAAAAUUGCCACUAUCCAAUUUUCCUGGGCGAUGACUACUAGGACCAGCAUUCCUCGCGGGCAUUAUUUAUUCAAAUGUCAUAUUCAAUUUAGAGGAUAAAAAUACUAAAUUUUAAAAAGUUACUAAAUUACUACAACAAAUUACAGCAUUACUAAAACAAAUUUAUUUAGAAUUCAUUUUUCAGAUUGAUACCAACUAUACAUGAACUACAAAUCGUUGUGCCUUUUCUAUUCUAGAGGCGCGAGUGGAACAUGUAAACGCAACUUACUCAUUCCCAGAAAAUGUUGGUAUUGCCGUCCUUGGUGUAAGACUGGUGAACCUAGCUGGUCCGCUACAGACUAACGUGAAUGUCAGGUAAAUAUCUCAAAUUCAUUAAUAAUGUAUGACUAAAUUAACCAACGAAACGACCUCUCUCCUCCGCAGAGACGUUUUAAUUGAAAACGCGUGUCGAAUGCCUUAUAUUUUCCAUGUCACGUAAGUUUUGCGGAGGAGAGAGAGUGAAAGGGUUGCCCUCAUAUAUGGCUUCGUUGACUUUAUGCCAAAGCCGCAAAACUACCAAUUGUAAAACAGUUGAGGUGUAGUUACAGUAUUUCCAAGUUGUUUUCGCUUUCAGAUUUUAACGGUUGGCGAAACCAAGGAAUAAAAUGUCUGGCUGACCAACAUUUGUUUCUAUAGUUUACUUUCUCGAUAUAUCUAAUACAUUAGUUGUAAACGUUCCUUAUAAUUUAAGUAAGGUGUCAACUUAAUAUGUUUUAAUUUUAUUUUUUCAUUUUUUAGUGUUGCAGUAGUAGGCACGACAGCACAAGUUACCAGCGAUUUCACACAACCCAGCUCUGUGCUCACAUUCCUUGUGGGUGAUUCUAAUAAUAACGUCCGAAACAUCUUAAUACCAAUAAAUGAUGACAGCCUAUUUGAAAUUGAUGAACAGUUAUUAGUCGUGCUUAGCCCAGGCUCUGAUGAUAAUGUUGAAGUACAAGCACCAGCUCAAGCAACAGUCACUAUCACGAAUAACGAUGGUAAGUUAAAUGUUAAAGUAUACCAUAAAUCCUCUACCUACCCUGAAAUUGUAUUUCGAAUUUUGCUGUUCUUUUCAUUUACGACCUCGCGUACCAGACGCCCAAUCGUAAACACCAGUUGUGGUGAUGACAUAACUUGCAGACAUAACUAUAAAACUUGUAUUUUUACGUUUCAGUUGCUCAAAUAUCAUUUACAUCAAGUUCAUACAGUGUUACGGAAGGACAGCUAGCAACUGUGAUGGUUCAAGUCACCGCUGGUACAUUAGGAUCAUCUGUCACUGUCAGGUAACUUUGUAAGAACGUCGUACUCUAGUGUGCAUAAAAAUAAUGCAAUGCCGAAUAUUACUGGCUAUCAUUAGGAUGAUAACUUCAAUCUAUACAAGAGUUACAGAUUCUGUAGAGGACACCUUGGGCAGGGUUUCCAAUAGAAAUCGGCACCCACAGGUUUUCGCCGUCUAUAGCGUAGACCAUCGCCAGUUAUUUCUCGAAAAUAUAACCCAAUAUAUUUCUUCCUUAGGACAGAAAUGUCAAGAGAAAGGUUUCUUGUUUUGAUAACAUAAAUUUUAAAUAAUAUUCUUCGUUAAAUACUUUGAUAAUAUGACACAAUCCACAAAACUACUCUCCAAAAUUGCUGGAAAUGCCAUUUCAGAAGGUUAAUUAAAUUCAGUGGCGAAGCUAGCCAUAGCAACAGGUCAUGCUAUGCAAAUUCUGAAUGACUUACAUUAUUCAAACCUUUAGAAAUGUAUCGUCUUUAAAGAUGAUGUCCACUCGGUUCUGCGCAUCAGUUCUGCUCAUAACAAAGUGGACCCCAGAUAUAAACAUUGCCCAAAUUUUGCAUCUUUCGAACUUUUUUGAAUUGAAACGUAGAGUUUAUAUUCAUUUACAAGCAUGGCGAACCAGAAAAGUGUUAGAUAUUCAGUUAGUAUAUCAUAUUUUACAAAUAUAGCAGUUCAAAACGUAAACAAAGUUUGCGCAUGCGCACACAAGCGGAGUGGACAUCAUCUUUAACCUAUUUACUGUAGAUGCAGGUUUAAUAGUAAAGCAUGGCCAGUUGCCAUGGCUGGUUUUGCCACUGUUUAAAUUUCAAAAUCUUCACAUGCACACACUGCAGGGGAACGGUAGCUUCGGCAUGGCAUAGACAUCCACUUUUGGCCCCUACCCUAUCUAACGCCUCCUAUACCCUAAAUUCGAUUGAGAACCUGCUAGAGUGGUAUCCGUGCGAAAGUUAAUAACAUGCAAUAAUUAUGCGCAUCAGCAUUAAUUAUACAUGCAUUGUGCAUCUAGUUCUUUUACCCCAGAAGAUAAGAAAACAUUUUAUAGAUUUCUACCCUAAAUCUCACUAAUUUGAACGAUUUGUCCUUGGCGUGUGACCAUUAGCUCAAUAACCGCUGAGAUUGAACUGUUCUAUAUAGUCUGCUGACAGACAGACAAAAAAAGAAACAAACCGAAGUGGAAAUAUAGCCUCCUGAAAUAAGUAUAUAUAACCAUGCAGGCAAAAUUCUAGUAUUAACAAAAUUGCAAUUAGUACGAUGCGAAAUAGCCUACGCGCAGUCUCAUAACAGCUGAGUAGACUGCAUCGGUUGAUGUUGAAUUGAAUUGAAUUGAAUUUAUUACAAAAUCUGAAUGGCAGCUAAGAGCUGAAUUGUACAGAGUUGACAUUUAAAAUACAUGGUAAAACUAAUACAUAUGGUAAUAUACGGUAUAUUAAAACUAAAAUUUAUAUUACAAUUAAAAUGAAUCAUUAUAUGAUACGAUACUAGAAGGAAUAAAACUUGUAGUCUUACAAUUAAUUAAGUUAAUAUGCUGAUCGUUGCGUAGAUUGUAAGUACGUAAGUCCUCGCGUUUAUUAGGGAUAAGUUCAUUCAAUUUAUUUUCCGGGUUGAGAAGUUUCUUAAAAUAGGAUUUACAUAAAUUAUUUCGUCUUUGAGAGAGCAACGAUAUUUCAUGAACUUCCAAGGCUUUGCGGUAUGACAGGUCAGGACAUAUUAUUCGUAGGGGUCGCUUCUGAAUUCUUUCGAUUUCUUCCUUUAAAUAGUCAGGGGAGUUUAAGUUCCAAACCUGGCAUGCAUAUUCAAGCACAGGUCGUAUACAUGUGGUAUAGACUUGAAUUAGAGAAUUCCCUCCAAGACCGCUGCGUUUAAGCACUCGGAGAAAAAAAAAGUCUCUUUGAUGCCUUGUGUACUAUGUGCUCAACAUGUAAGUUCCAACUAAGAUCAGAAGAAAAGUACAGACCAAGAACCUUUGCUGAUAAAACUGGGGACAUACAGUGAUCUUUAAUAAACAAUGGUCGUAGAUUAGGGACGUCCUUAGCGAACGAGAUAAUUAGCUCUUUGCAUUUAGAACGAUUAAGCAUCAUAUCAUUUUCCGUGCACCAUUGAUCGAUAUUAUUAAUAACGGAUUGCAGGUUACUUUGACAACCUUUACCGAUUGUUUCGGAGAGACUAGUGUCAUCAACAUAUUUCCAUCUAUAUGUGUGGUUAAUAGCCAAAUCGUUGACCAUGAUGAGGAAAAGUAAUGGGCCAAGGAUUGUACCUUGCGGGACGCCUCCAUUUACCAAGGACCAAUCAGAGAACGAAGAACCCAAUUUCACCCUCUGUCUUCUUUGCAUCAGAAAAUCAAUGACCCAGUUUAUUAAGGAUUUAUCAAUAUUUAGUAAUUGCAUCUUUUUUAUCAGGAUUUUGUGGUUGAUUCUGUCGAAUGCUUUACUAAAGUCAAGCAGAAAAAACACGAACAUUGUGAAUGUUAUACGAAAGAUUCCCACACAGGAAUUUCACUCCUAUUUCUAUGACGUAGUUUGAAAACUGCAAAUUACCUUUCGUAAGGAAACAACUAUUGUAUGCCUUGUUAAUAGAUGUGUCCUAUUGUAAACUGAAUUUGAAUUCAAUUUUAGUGUUAAUGCUCAAGUUGGAACUGCUGGAAAUACCGACUUCACCUCCACAAUAACAGCAGUACCAUUUGCAGUUGGAGAGACUGGUCCCAAGACUGUCAAUUUUAUAACUGCUGAUGAUGACAUCGUUGAAGCGAGUGAAUUCUUUAGAGUUUCCUUGUCGAGCACUUCUGGGAUAUUACUUGGGGCUCAAGCGUCCGUACUUAUUAACGAUAAUGAUGGUAAGAUCACAGAAAUAUUAAAUUUUCACUGACUUCAUUGACCUUAGAAGUUCUUACGUCACGUCACUGUCAAACAAUGAAUAUUUGAUCCACAUGUGUCCCAUAUUGCAUUUGGUAUACUUAAUGUUUAGAUGGAUUGAAAAUUACGUAACGUAAGCACUUCUAUGGUCAAUUCAGAAUAUAUUCAUUAUAUUAAAGAUCGCUAAGCUAUAUGGUGCAACAGAUGCUGUCAACCGAUGGUCAAAGUGAGAAAAUAAUGUUGAUACCUUUCUUAUUUUCGUUCAUUCCAACAGUUCUGAUGUUGACCAUGCAUCGCUUAUUUCAACCAAUUAUUAAAUAGUGAAAACAUGGCUUUUACAUGUUCAUAUCAUGAUCAGUUGAAAUUUAUGAAUUCUUAAGGAAUAUCUUUCAGUAGGUGGGAUAUUAAUAAUGGUAGCUGUCUACCAAAAUUGUCACCCUACUGUCAUGGAUACGAAGUUAGGGGAGAACCAUUAGAAACGUUAUUGGGGAGCGUUAGUGUGUGUGGGGGAGGCGUACAAAAAACAGGAAGGAAAAUGGAAAAAAUCGUGCAAAGAGGAAAGCGAAGAAAACUACCUUCAAAAUUCCGCAAAAAAAUUCCAGCGCAAGCAGACGGACGAAAAAUAUUCGUGCAAGCUGAAAAUUUUCCUCUCCCUCAUCAUUUUUCUGAUGAUCCACCCCUUAGCUGUUCAUGCAUCCCUGCUCAGAGCCGUAGCCAAGAACCUCAGAAUACAUAAAAUAAUUUUUCAAAACUACCCAAGCUAGCUUGCUCGGAUGUUCAAACAUUUUCUGGUGAAGUCACAUCAAUGCUAACAACGUCGCCACAAAGCAUUCAAGUGUUGUACACUGGGCGGUUUACAGCAUAAAUAACAUUUCCCUCCUGCAAUGAACGUUCCAAUUAAAUUACCUAUCAUAUACGCAUAUCGCUGCUAUUAUCAAAUUCGAGAACAUACGAAGAUCAAGCGUCUUCACCCAUCUCUUGUCAUCGUUUUGCUUAGUGGAAUGCAAAUUAUGGGAUUCCCCAAUACAAUUUUCAUUAGUUUCACCAAUACAUUAAUAACCUCAACGAUGACCCCAUUUAUCCUCUUUGCAGAUGUGGUUGUUCAGUUUACUAGUAUUGCGUCAUCAGCUGUUGAGGGAUCAGGAGAUACUUCUGUCCAGCUUAGUGCUGUUGGACCGAGAGCAAUUCCUGUAACAGUAAGGUACGUAAUGUGCAAGCUAUACAAUUCCUUUUCAACUAUUUAACAAAUAGAUAAGAUUUUGCCGUUGUCUGUUCAGUUAUGUAAUACGAAAAAAAAUCCCAAAUUAAGCAGGUAAAUAGCUUACGUUUUAAAUUUAUCCACCCAAACAUUUGGGAAUUUAAAAAAUUCGAAAUUUUACAAGUAUCACGCGUACAUGAUCUAUACAAAUAAGGGAAUGCUAUUGGCUACCUUAAUUGUGACGUAAUUCCGUGCGUCUGUCCUCUAAUAGAUAAUGGCUCUCGACCAAUGAAAGCGCUUGAAUUCAUAACAUUAUUAUAUAAUAAAAAACGGCACACAUUCUAAAAGUACUAGCUGUAGCUUUGUGUAGAAUGGGAUUAAAUGGAAUUAAAAGUCACUCGUGUCGUCCUUUGUCGAGCCUUGUAGAUAUAUGGGGCAAUAUAUAAGCCUUGUAGGGAUCACCAGUCAUUUAUGGCGAAGGUCGUAAAUAAAUAAAUUAAUUAAAUAUUAACCAGGGGAUUGGUUGUGUAUCCACUUAACAUAAUCUGGAUAAAUCUACCAGGAUUUCCUGAGUAAAAAAACCCAAUGUAAAAAAAGUUACUGUAAUAAGUUGAAGUAAUUAAUUUAAGAGGCACCUAAUUGAUGUUGUAAUGUGCACCUCUGGAGGAUAUGCAGCUUUCCUCAUCGCGACGUGUUUCUCGUUGUUUUAUAUACACUAUAGGCACCGAUUAUAUUAUUUUACAUAUUAAUCUUUAAAAAGUGUCUUUUGCUUGUAAACAGCGUUGGUAUGUGGUUCUCUUUCUUUUUUAGUGUCAGCACGCAAGCUGAUUCUGCUACAGGAGAUGUCGAUUACAUCACAAAAACAGAAAGUGUAACGUUUCAACCUAGUGAGGUACUUAAAACUGUGGAUUUUACUAUCCUUGAUGACCAGGGAAUUGAAGAAGGAGAAUCAUUUAAAGUUGUUUUGAAUGCAGUUUCAAGUCAAGUGACCCUGGGUUCUGUUAAUGAACACACGAUUAAUAUUAUUGACGAUGACUGUAAGUAUUGAUGAUUUCGACAAGCAUUUGAAUAAAAUGCACAGUUGAUUAUAGGCUAUCUUUUAGUGCAUUUUCAUUUUUGCUAUUACAAAAUAUCGUACAAAAUUUUUCGGAUAUUUUUUUAGUUUUGUGUUUCGACAUUAUUGGGAACCAUUUUUUCAACCCCUUGCCCUGCUGGCAACACUUCCCCAACCGGCUUCCUUUGCCUCGUACCCAUGUUUAUUAACUUCUUUAAAACAUUUUCUUCUAAGUUGCGACUGUGCAGUUUACAAGUGCAGUCUUCUCUGGAAAUGAAACCUUUGGUUCUGUCGAUAUCUGGGUUAUUUUGACUGGGGUUUUAGAAGAUCCUACUUCAGUGAGGUACGUUGAUUAUAUCUUUGUUAGUAUAGCUAAUAAUCAGAUAAUCCUUAUGAAGAAAUUUCUUUCUUCAAUAUGGUGUAUUUUGCCGUAUAUUUUCUUAUGGAUAUACAGAAUGUCCAAUUAAGUUUAUUCUGUUACAAUAUUUAAAUAUUGUAACAGAAUAAACUUAAUUGGAAAUUCUGUAUAUCCAUAAGAAAAUAUACUGCAAAAUACACCAUAUUGAAGAAAGAAACACUUAUUGAAAACGUUCAGGAAAACAGUAUGUUCUGUGGAUCCGAGACUGUCAAGGUUUCCCGUGGUGAACCCAAGAGGAACAUCGACCGUCGAGGGCAGUGGUGGCGAAACGACUGGGCUAGGGGGGGGGGGGGCUAUAGCCCCAAAAGUAAACGAGACAGUCGAAUUUCAUGACUUUCAGGAGACAGUCGAAUUUCAUGACUUUCAGGAGACAGUCGAAUUUCAUGACUUUCACGUGAUACUCUCUUGUCUAAUGCCAUGCAAGAACACACGAACUUUGACACUUUGAUACGUGUUGGUAAAUAAUAAUAAUAAACUUGACUCUUGUAUUUUAGUUAUAUUUAACACAGUCUUGGUUUCUAUUCAUAUCAAUGGACCUUUCCCCUUAUAACUAAAAUUUCGAUCUAGACAAAAAUUUCAUCACAGCUUGAAAGAGCAUCACAAAAUUAGUAAUAUUCCACAGUUUUGUUGCAAAAUCUUGUAAAAUGCAGAUAAUAUAGCCUUGCCGUUUUUCAGUCAUUUUGUAUUACAAACGGGAAAUUGACAUCCGAUUCGGGUGUUGGGGCUGCAAUUUCCCGUUUGUAAUGCAAAAUGACUGAAAAUUGCAAACUUUGCAAGGCUCUAUUUUCCUCAUUUUACAACAUUUCGCAACGAAACUUUGGAAUAUUACUAAUUUUGUGAUGCUCUUUCAAGCUGUGAUGAAAUAUCAAAAUUUUGGUUAUAAGGGGAAAGGUCUAUUAGUUACGAAUAAAGUAUUAGAAAAUACAAAUAAACGCAUUUCUAAUACAUCCUUCCAGAAAGUACAUCACUUAAGCUAUAAAGCCUCAUUUUCGUGUAACGUGUCAAUCACGAAAACGAGGCUCUAUGACCAAGAUGACGUACUUUGCGGAAGCGUGCAUUGUGAUAGCUUGUAAUGUUAUAUGAGUUGCGUAUAUGUAUCAAGCACGGUGUAUACGUUCAAUUGUUUCAGCGUUUCUACACAACAAGACACGGCUGUGGCAGGAGCUGACUAUACAAGUGUAACCAAUUCUGUUCUGACAUUUACACCUGGAGGAGCAACGCUACAGAACAUAACAGUUAAUAUAGUCGAUGAUACCUUGAUUGAAGGAACUGAACGAUUCACCGCUAGCCUAUCAACUAGCAACUCAUUCACAAGAAUUGGAAGUAUUAAUGAGACGACCGUACGAAUUAUUGAUAAUGAUGGUACGUAACUAAAAACUUACUGGCAUUUUAGUGGAGGAAAUACUAACUAUCACAUGCAAAGCAGUUUGUCCUCGAAACACAAAGCUAAAAUGUUUGACAAUAUACAUUGGGACUAUCUAGUGUUCACAUGCAUGAUUCAGAUGUAUUAUACCAUUUCUUCCACGUAUUAUGCCAAAGAUAUUAUACUAUUAUGCCAAAGAUUGUAUGUUGGUUAUAUGGGUAGAAUUUCUUAUAUACAAUACAUAAAAGCAGUAUAAGCAAUGCCAACGUGUAUACAAGCAGAAGAGAAAAUUUCCUUUGCACAACAAGUUAGACUUGCAAUAAGUUCUUUGUACGUUUGCAUGGCGAUACAACAUAAUAGUUUUGUUUGUGGAAACACCACGUAAAUUUAUAAAUUAAGUGUAGUAAUAAAUUUACGUGGUGUUUCCACAAACAAAACAAUUAUAAGACUCGCCAAAACUUCAUUAGAUCAUUCACAAAUUUCAUAUUUUAACAUACAUAGUAAGCAUUUGUAGGUUAAUUGUUCAGCUUAGUAAAGAGUCCUCGAACAAAAAGUUGCAUAAAUCUAUUGUUUUAGCUAUUGUUUUGAAAUCCUGUGGCUGUGGCUAUUUUUGUGUUCAAGAAUGUGCAUACUUUAGACCUAUGAAAAAGUUAUGAUGUCUAGGAAGACAUUUAAAGUUCUUUUUCCUCAAAUAUUUUUAUUUAGUGGCUUCACUGGGAUUCAGCAAUGUACUAGAUUACGAAGUCAACGAAGGAAGCGUUGCUCUCCUUAUUGUUCAACUUACUGGACCACUGACUACUCAAGUGUCUGCGACGUAAGUUGUUUUUUUUGUUUCUUGUUUGUUUUUUUUAUUUUAUAACUAGAAAAUACAUGCAUGCAGAAACUCUCGCCAUGCUGACAAAACAUGAAGUAUUUAAUAACACGAUAAUUUUAUUUUAAAAGAGUGUUUUUAAGAUUGAAAAAUCCCCCAAAAAUAUCACUAAUGCCUGUCUUUUUUAUUAUACGCAACGAUCAGUUCUUAAUGCAACUAUAAGCAUGCAAACAAACAUUAAUAUUGAAAACAAACUUACCUUCAUUAACGUAUGCUUCUUUGCUCCCUUCUUUUAGAACUUUUUGGGGUUUUUUUCUCAAAAAGGUUUUGAAAUUUACAAAAUCUUGCCAUAGACAGCCCGACGUUCUGGUCUCGACUCGUAACGAAAUUCUCGUUGCCUGUGCUCGGGCGACGUAUGUCACUGGCGAUACGCAAUGCAGGCAUAAUAUAGUUAUACUAUUUGACUGCAAUAUGAAAUAGUAUAACUGUAUUGUGCCUAUACAAUUGCGUAUUGCCAGUGACGUACGUCUCCCGCGCGCGGGCAACGAUAAUUUCGUUACGACCAUAACAUUGGGCUGCCUAUGAUCUUGCAAAAGGAAAUAUAUUUGCAAGAAAUAUUUGUUGUUUCGCUGUCGUCAUGCAUUCGUUAUAAUGCAAAUUUCAAAUUUGACCAAUCAGUGUUUGCUAUAUUUUGAGAUCAGUAAGGAUGACCACCCAUGAACGGCGAACUAUAUUCAUGCGCCCGCGAUUAUUGAUGAACUUUAGACUUAGCUAAUGCAUUCGGUAAGUAGGGGGGGGGGGGGGUUAUCCUUGCUUGCAACUGAGAGCUAAGCUGAAUUGCGAAGGACCCAGCUCAACGUGAUCGAGUGCAAGGCUUUCUAAGGGCGCAUAUUACAGCCACCUUUUGACUCGCCAUCACGGAGCACAUGGAAGGGUUACUUUUAAGGGAAAAUCGUAACCAACCCUGUUAACAUUCCCUGUGGGAGCAAACUGGAGUACCCGGAGGAAACCCACGGCUUUCGGCAGAGUGUUGACUAACUCUUUUCACAUGGCUAUCAUAAGUCGUUUCCAACUGGAUUUGAAUCUCCGAUAUCAGAGGUGAAAGGCGCGCGCUCUGAUUAGUACCCUCGCCUCGGGCUUAUGCCCGGCGUUGGCUAGGGGAUUAGAUCUAAUUCUCAUUUUAAUUUGUGUUUUCACCAAUGUUACAUAUAGUGCUUCAGUCGUACUUGAAAGUGCGAGUAAUGGAGAUUUCAAUGUUCUUUCGUCAACUGACUUGAACUUUAGUCCUGGUAAUACUCAAGCAUCUAUUGCCAUAAACACCAUAGAUGAUUCAUUCAUUGAAAGUGAUGAGGUCUUUCGUGUUAUUCUAUCAACAACAAGUCUUAAUGUGAGAAUUGAUGAUGGGAUUACAACUGUUACGAUCCUUGACAAUGACAGUAAGUGUGUGCCACAUUAACGAUCUUAAAACUGCCUUGAUGACGUUUUACUAGUACUAUUCAUGUUUUUAGUGUGCUUAAAAUAUGUUACUUUAAUAUCAUCCAAUAAAUUAGGGUUGGGCGAUAUUAAAAAAAUCAUCUCACGAGUAUUGUCAAGGAAAUUAUCACGAUAUUCAAUAAUAUCGCGAUAAAUGCAAUAAAAACAUUGACCACAUUUUUCAAUUUUAAUUAAUAUCAAAACAUAGUAAGCUUAUAUAUAAUCUUAUUAAAAACAAGUAAAACAACAAAUUAACCCAUUAAGCUGCAGUGCUUCCUCAUUGACGAGUAAAGUCGUCUGGCGUUAGACAAGUAAAAAAAUAAGUAGGGCGCAUUUAAUUCAGGAAAUAGUUUUAAUUCUUUUAAAAACUAUAUUUUCUAGGAAUUGAAAUAUUUUUUUAGGAUUUUAUAAAAGCUAUAUACACAUGCGAAGCAAUAUCACAAUAGUCAUCGAGCAUGACGUUAAUUUCGAUAUAUCGUCGCUCAAGUUUCUACCUUCGAUACGAUAAUCGCGAUUGAAAAUAUCGCGAUAAAUCAAAACAGUAUCGAAAUAUCGCCCAACCCUAUCAUCCAUAGUACUGAAAGUUUUAAAAUAGUAAGAACAAAUUUUGAUUGUAUAUGGUGCGGCUCGAACUGGCAGGGAGUAAAGAAAAAUGGACGAGUAAACAAAUAUAAGGGAUUAAGUAUUUGCAUACAGAAAGUUUUAUUGAAAUCCUCAAAGUAUUCCGGAACCUGAAGGAAUGAAAAGUUACUUUGACAUAUCUGCUAAUGACAAAUUGUUAUACUACACUUUUUAGUUCAGCAAGGUUAUUAUAUAAAAGUAUAUAUAGUUUUCUUGGUUGUACAUGUUUUGAUGACGAAGGUUCGGCCACUCUCUUACUAUAUUCAUUCUAUGUUCUAGUUUUUCUAACAAAUAAUUUUCUACUUAAUGUUAAAUUAUAGACGCGUUGAUAUCUCUUGGACAAAACAGUUACCAAGGUAGUGAGAACUCGCCAAUGGUUGAAGUUUCUAUAAAUGUCAUUGGUACGUUGGAGACAGUGGUACAAGCAAGGUGAGUUUACAUUUAUAUUUUUGGUCGGUUAUUUGUGCAGUAUAUGCCCCCAUGAUGGCAUUGCUCAUGUGCGCACAUGCACAGCGGACUCUUUCCCAUCCUUAUCGGUCUAUUGUGAGCGAUGCUUAUAUACUAUUAUAAGCGCGAUGCUCAACUGCCCAGUACGGUUCAAGAAACUAUUUAUAAUCAGGGAUGAGACACUUGGAUGAGGUUCUAAUUCAAAAACAUUAUUGAUAAGGUUAACUCCUGGAAGACGUUUUCCUAACCACUUGGAAAUAAGUUUCCUCUGGGGCUCUGUUUUUCCUUCUUUUUGCUAUACUCACUAAAAAGCAGCCACAACAAAACCUCAAAGACAAAGAGAAACUUGCUUUAUAUAUAUAUGUUAUUUUUCAGGUUGGUUCUUUUACCACUAACAGCUAUUUCGUCAGACUACGCUAAUUUAGAUGAUCCAAUCGUAACUUUCUCUCCGGGUUCACCGACCACGCAAAUGCGCAAUAUCACUAUUGUCGAUGACGGCGUUGUCGAGAGUUUAGAAUUUAUGAACGUUCGUCUUGAUGCUGUUAGCAACAAUGUGCGGAUAACACCUACAUCCAGUGCGUCAAUCUCUAUAACUGACAACGAUGGUGAGUAGACAAGUAUGCAGUAAGCCCUAGGAAACAUUGUUGCGGACAACUUGCAUGUUAGACUAAAUUUUAAUCUAAGUAACGAGAGGAGAAUCAAAUACCACAGCUAAAAAGAACAUAAUAAAAUUACUAAAAUAGCAAAAUGUGGUUGCGAAAUGUUGUAAAGCGUGGAAAAUAUAGUCUUGGAAAAUUUGUAAAUGUUGUACCAUUUUCGGCUCAAAAAUGGUAACAAUUUCCGCACGUAAUAUACAAACAUAUACAAAAUAUGCAAACUUGGCAAGGCUAUAUUUUCCGUAUUUUACAACAUUUCGUAACCAAAUUUUACUAAUUUUAAUAAGUUCUUUACGAGAAUUUACUAAAAAAUUUUCCUAGAUCAAAAAUUAGUUUAAUAUGCAAAUUGUCUAUUAUGUCCUAUAUGUUUCCAAAGGGCGCAUGCAUGAUAAACCAUGAUUGUUUUAUCACGAGAAAAUUCGCCCUAAAAGGAAACAAGAAAUGUUUUUGAAUUUGAUUUUCUUUCUAAAACUCUUACCUCCGUUCGUAUAGUAUAAAUUAUUUUUAAUUUUUACUUCUAUAGGAUUAUAAGGAAGGUCUUAAUAUUUUAUUAUAAUAACUGCCCGAAACGUAAUUGCGAAAAUAAUAAAAUAUUGAAAAAAAGACCAUAAUUCUAUGUAAUUAAAAAUUAAAAAUAAUCUAUAUUUUUGAAUUUGUUGUAGGAAACAAUAUUUCCUUGUUUUUCCUGGGUUUAAAGUAAUAUUUACUUCUUGAAGAAAUUCCUAAGAAUCUUGUGGUGCAAGAAGGGCGGUUGUUCACGACCCGCGGUUGACCAGCUUUAGAUUUUCGGCCAGGGACGCCGGAACGAUGUGAAGGCAAGGGGGGCAGAUUUUCGUGAAAGGGCACUUUUGAAUUUAUAUAUACUAAGAGAUGUUUGCAAAACAUCGGGAGUUGAACUUCGCCUAAUCAUGUUUUCUAUUUAUUGGAUGAUAAUGGUGUGAGGGGGUUCUCCGCCAGGCGAUUGUGCUAUUCUUGUAGCUCGAUGACUGUAUUUCUUGCGUUUUCUGAAGCAAAUUCGUAAAAGAAUUGCACUAACAUUUCAGACAAUUCGCUAUUUCGCUCAGGCAAUCCUUUAAAUUGAAAGGGCACCUUUGCCCCCCCCCCUUGCCCCUCCUGGUAAAGGGCAAUGGGGGCGGCUGCCCCUCCUGCCCGCCAGUUCCGGCGUCCCUGGAUUUUCCUAACCUAGAGGGUUAAUUAGGAAUUAGGAUUCCCAAUAUAUUGAUUCACAUGCAAAUCGUUGUACUUAUACUAAGGUAUUUUUUUGAAAUGCGUAUAGGUUAACGUCCUAUUGUCAUUAUGUUUUUAGUGGCAAUCUUUGGAUUCCAACCUACGACCUACGAUGUUCAAGAAUCUUCACAAUUUGCUAAUUUGUCAGUCGUUCUAUUCUCAUCAGCUCCGCUUGGACGAACUGUUAUAUUCAGGUUUCUUAAUUAAUUUGUUUUGUUUGUUUCCUCAAUGCUAAUAUUACUAUAGGUUUAAAAUUACUCUAUUUAUAAACCAGCGACUUUUUAAUGUCCCAUGUACAUUAAAGCAACUGUAUGCCCUCAAGAAUUAUGUUAUCAAGUUUUACGGUGUAUUGACAAGUUUUAAAGUGUCAAUCUUAUUAAUGCAGGCCUCUCGAUUUAAUGGUAUUGAUAUUGACAUGUAAUUUACCUAGAAAUCUUGUAUUUAGUAAAAAUCCUUCAUAAAACUUACAGCAAUCUUUGUUGCUUCAUGUAGGUAUUCAACAAUAAACAAUACUGCAAAAUCCCCGGGGGACUAUGACGAGAUUGCCGAUGGACUACUUCAGUUUAAUAUCGGUGAUGGAAAUGGGGCAGUUCGUUGGAUUUCCAUUGGAAUAAAUGAUGACGACAUUAUUGAACAGCUAGAAACCUUCCAAGUACAAUUGACUGCUAUCACGAGUGAUACUAUUUCUUCCAAUACUGCCAGUGUCAAUAUAAAUGACAAUGAUGGUACGUGAUGUUCAAAACCUAUAAUUCCUAUAAGACUUUAAUUCCUUUUUCUAUUUUACAAUUUUGCCUUUCCACUGGUUAAUUUAACUUCUCAAACUCAUUAAAACGCAAUUUGCUUCAAACGUAUCUGGCGGUUGAGGAACACAAAAUAAUAACAGUUAAAUAUUAUCAAUUCAAGUACAAUUUUUAUUUAUGUUGUACAAUUGACGCCAUAUUUAUACAGCAAUAUAAUCAAAACUUACUGAACUUCAGACAUCAUUUUCUCUUUGGCGUACCAUCUAAAAUAUCAUCAUUUUAGCAUUAUUUUGCAGAUAAAGCACUAAAAAUACUUUUUUCCGCUUGAGAAAUGCAUCGAGAAUUUAAAAAAUUGAAUAUAGUUUUGUUUGGUUUGGUUUGCGACUUUAUUUAAAGAGGGUAACACUUUGACAGUAAUAUAAGUAAAACUGAUAAACUAGUGGCCCUCCAAAUAGUGGUAAAGUGGAAGGAAAAGUAUAUUCAUUAUAGCUUGAGCGAUUGUUACGUAACAUACAAAAGAUUCUCCUCUUAAUAGUUCAUGAGUUAAAGGGAAAUGGCAAUAUAUUUUUAAUUUUCUCAUUUGAAAGAACUUUUAAGACUGUAUAUAAUACUCUUUUAUUUACCGAUAUUUCAUAUCUUGCUUACUUCUACAAAUAUUUUGAUCGAAAGGAAUGAAAUGUCCGGCAUCUUCAAUUUUUGUAGAUAUGCAUGUCACGUCACAACAAGGGUCACGCAAUAUUUUUAUCUAGACAACUACUAAUCAUUUUGCACUCAAAACUAUACUGUGUCUGCCCUUCGAAAUAUCAAGAUCACUCAAAACCUUUAAAACAUCUACCAAUCAAUAUUUGGUCAGCAACGAAUACUUUUAUAUGGUUAAUCCCUGUUGUUACGUCACCAAAACUAACGUUAAUUAAUGAGAUAAAAAAUUUAUCCAAGAUGGAGGACAUCUCAUUACUUUAAAUGAAAAUAUUUCAAGAACUAAGCAAGAUAUAUGAAAAAUCGGUAAAAGAAGUUAAUAUAUAGUUUCAACAGUUCUUUCAAAUGAGAAAAUAAAAAUUUAUGUCGCCAUUUCCCUUUAAGCACAAAGAAAAUCGCUUGAAAUUUUCAUCUACCAAAACCCUUCAACUGUUAUUCUAUCGAGCGAGAUGCCCCAAAAUCUCGAUAUUUUACCUAUAGCCUACCUUCUACUCAGGCAUCACCCUCUUACAUAACGAACACUUUCAAUACAGGGCUAUUUGGUUCGCUAAGAUAAUGUUCGAUCUAAAAGGCUCCAAGUAAACAAUAACCAUCAUACCUUGCGCGCUUAAUGUUUAAGGUUGAAUAUUUUUAAAAGACAACCUUUUUUUAGUUAGUCUAUAUAGAAAUACAUUCAAUAUAUAUAAAUAAAUUGAAGUACAACUACUCAACAAACUCCUCUAGGCAUCUUUAUUACUAUUGGACCUAUUGAGUUUCGUACCCCAAGAUGUGGCACUCAUUUACCUGAUUCAUUUACCUCAACGUUAUACACUGUAAUGCCCGUUUUGUUUGUAACUAUCAGCACUAAUAUUUUUCUCUUAUAUAGUCCCAUCUAUUCGCUUGAUUGAGACAGCACAAGGAGUGACUGAAAAUGACAUACAAGUCUCAGUCCGAGCAAUCCUGCUUGGAAAUAUUGAUAGAGAGGUUACUGCCAGGUAAACACACUACAUUGGCUGUGAGGAGGGCCUAAAAAUCGUAUAUAGCAAAAUGUUAAAAUAUAUUAAAUUCCCUUUAAUUUAAUAAAAG